GAUUGACCUUGAUUUUUGUAGGGCACGCGCGCGUGAUGGUGCAGACCUCCCUUGACUGUCAAGCGCCCCUGGUCCCACCAUCAAGCCGGGGAUGGUUGCGCUGUUGGCUGGCAGAAGCAGGUGCUCAAUUGCGCUUGGCGUUGCCAUUCGCAACAGGUCAGCUUAUCAACUGCGCUGCGACAUUUGUGACACUUCAUGUUGUUGGGGGCGAAGGCACUGGUGCUGUAGCAGCUGUUGGUUUGGCAAUGGCAUUGUACGCUUGCCUUGGGCGAAAUCUGAUCAUGGGUCUUUGUGGUGCUGUGGAUACGAUUUCCUCCCAAGCAGCAGGAGCUGGCCGCCUAGAUUUGCUGGGGCCAAUCUUCCGCCGUUCUUGCCUCUUCCUAUUGCUCCAUCUUGGACCAUUCACCUUGCUUUGUGUUUCGGCGCUUUGGUGGCUUCCUUUGGUCACAGAGCCUUCGAUCGGACAUGUCACGGCCAAGUUUUUGCUUCUUGUCAUCCCUGACCUAGCCGCCCAAUGCAUAUGGCGGCCCAUGAACCGUGUGCUCGCAUCUCAGCGGAUCACUUCCCCAUUCAUGUUUGUGUCACUUCUGGCCCUGGUUUGUCACUAUUUAUUCUGUUUGUCUCUAGUCUCGCGUUUUGGUGCCUUGGGAGCUGCAGUAGCUACCUCCUUGAGUGGCUGGAUGACCUUGUUCUUUGGCACUGCAUCUGUCUGGCUGGUGGGUGCUGGUCCCACCAUUUGGGGUGGGCAAUCCACAGAUGAGGCAAUCAAGCAGGGGGGCGCGGGUUGGCUUGAUUUGUCCAAGUUGGCAUAUCCCUCUGCAGCCAUGAGAAUCUUGGAGUCUUCAGGCUUCUCAGGAAUUGUCACAACCAGCUCACUUUUGCCUUUCCCCAAGAUUGAGGUGGACAUCAUGAGCCUUUCGCUCAAUGUGUAUGGAUGCCUCUUCACGCCGUUCCCCGCGCUGUCGGUGUGUGCUGAUACGCGCGUGGGCAAUGCCAUUGGGAGGGGUGCUGCAAUGGAAGCCCAGCGCGCUAUGCGAGUGGCUGCAGUGCUCUCCAUACCUUCGGCAGCAGCCGUCUCCUUGGUUCUGGUGGUUCCGCAGUGCAGGCAGCUGGUUGACACUGUGCUUCACUUAGACAUGCUGGACGCGCGGGUGAAAGCAGGCCUAGACACCAUUUUUACAAUCUUCGUGUGUGGAUUCUACUACGUUGAUGGUUUCCAGACGGCCCUUUCCGGUGCAAUCCGUGGCACGGGACAACAACAGAGGGGUGCUCGAAUCUGUGUGUUGGCAUACUGGGUCGCAGGCAUUCCAGCUGCACUUGCUCUGGGAUUUGCUGCUGGCCUAAAAAGUACGGGCUUGUGGCUUGGUAUGAUGGUUGGCCCGUUCGUGCAAAUGGUUCUCUACUCGUGGCUGCUGGUAAAGUUGGAUUGGCAUGCUGUAGCUGCAACUUGUGAGGAGCGCUUGCGCCCUAUGGAUGAAGUUGACGACUCUGCCACGGGUGCAUGAAAACUGUUGCAACCCAUUCUGAUUGUCCUUGCUUUGUACAGUGUACAGCCUCCAGGGCCUUUGUGACUGCAACUUAACCAGGCAAUUCGGGGUGCGCUCAAAUCAAAAGCGUUACCGUAGUGUUGCAAUGGCAGCUUGGAGUUGCCGAAGCUAUCCUUCAUGAUAUGUAGGCGAGGUGCCGAUGCUCAGCUGCAAAGUCAGUUAUUGAACGCACUUGUUUUGGAGGCCAAUGACA